CUUCACUUUCCACUCGCCCACUCUGUCUUUCUCCUUCUGUUCAGAAUCCCACUUCCAUCCUUACUGGUCACAUCCCCUCGAGUCGACUCUUCUCGUUGUGGUUCUCGUCUUUCUUUGUUAAACUCUAUCCAUCCCAAGUCCACCGUUCCAUCCCUGUUCACCAUGGCGGCACCCGGCCAGCCAUCUCCCCAGCAAAUCGCGGCCAUGCAGCAGCAGUUCGCUGCUGAGGCGGCCAAGCGAGGAAUGACCCCCGAGGAAUUCGCCAAACAGCAGCGCGAACAACUGAACGCCGAAGCCGCAAAGCACGGAAUGACCACCGAGCAAUACGUUACGCAGCUGAGAAUGCGAGCUAUGGCAGCACACCAGAAACAGAUGGAGGCCCAACGACAAGCUCAAACUGGUUCGCCGCAGCCAGGACAGCCAGGACCGCCGGCGCAAGGCCAACCGCAACCCCAGCAGCAGCAGACCACACAUCAGGUUCCCGUGAACCCGUCGAAUCCCCCCGAUCCCAAGGCGAUUGCCGUCGCUCAGUUCCUGCGCUCCCAGAACCUGAAGACGCGGACAUGCAUCAUGGACGGACAGAGAAAGGACAUGUUCAAAGUGAAACGUGCUAUCCGCGCUCUCGAGUCUCCCGCCUAUGCCAAAGCAGCCGCCAAAAAGAACUCCAUCCUUCCCCCUGUCACGGACCGCGCUUCCGCAGAAAACGUCUUCAAGCUCCUCCCGCUAUCGCUUCUCGCCCUACGCGUUACGAAAGUUGACCCCCACGCCGGUCACAACCACGGCAAGCCCAAGAACCGCGUCAAGGGACUGUGGACCGUGAAGAUCGAGCAGCACCAGGAAACUGGCGACAUGAUGCACUACGUCUUCCUCUACGAAGGACCCCAGUGGAAGCAGAAGGCCAUGGCCGCUGCCGUGGUGGCGGGAAUUUUCGCCGUCGUCUUGUUCCCCCUGUGGCCGAUGAUGCUGAGACAGGGCGUCUGGUACCUCAGUGUCGGCAUGAUGGGUCUGCUGGGUCUCUUCUUCGCCAUGGCUAUCUUCCGUCUGAUUCUGUUCUGCAUCACCGUGUUUGCCGUUCCUCCCGGUCUCUGGCUGUUCCCCAACCUGUUCGAAGAUGUCGGUUUCUUCGACAGUUUCAAGCCGUUGUGGGGCUGGCAAGAAAACAAGAAGAAGAAGUCCAAGAAAUCAUCCGUCAGCGCACCUCCCGCAGCUCAAGCACAGGACUCUACGGCGACUACAACCGCCACGCCUGCACCCCAAACGUCAGGGGCCGUCAAGCGCGAUCUUGCACCCCGAGUCGAAGAGGCUGCUGACGAGUAAUGCUGCAAAGUACGAUGCAACCAUAUACAGAGAAUUGGGACUUUGGCUGAGACCAUUCUGAUGGAACCAUACACUGGGUGAUAUUCUAUUUAUCUUCAUCAUCCACGUGCGCUCUUUUCCUUUCUUCUUAUUGUCUUAUUCCCUUUAUGUUGUCGAUUCUGUUUUUCUGCGUUUCAGGGCAUGUUUAUUCGGGUAUCAUGGGUUCAAAAUUCCUUGCAGUAGUAUCAUGAGCUCUUUGUCGCAAUGAAGAUUCUUUACCGG